ACGCAAUCAUUAUUCGAGUGACGUACAAAAUGUUAAGCCUGUUGGCAUUCUAAAUUUUUUAUUGUCAUGUUUUUAUCAUUUUGUUUCAGAAUAUUUUAAAUUUGUAUUCAUUUUUCUUGAAAUCGAUUGCAAUGAAUGUGCCGAUUGUUUGGGUGAUGGGCGGACCAAGCAGCGGGAAGAGCACGAUGUCCCAAAAUAUUGUGGAUAAAUUCGGUCUAAAUCUGUCAAGGGUGUUGAAUUUGCUGCAAAGCGUCAAGAGGGUCACGAAGUUCCUCUCACGGAAUGUGUGCACCUGCUAGAAAGCGAAAUAAUGAGCAAUCGAGGUUCUCUCAGAGGUUUCGUUAUAGAUGGCUAUCCACAAAAUCAGAGUGAUGCUAAAAUUUUGGAGCAAAGCAUCGGAGUUCCCGAUUUGAUCAUUGCUUUAGAAAUUGGUCAGCAAACAGCGGAGACGCGCAGAUCGGUAGAACGCACCACUCUCCCAUCAACAGUUAGUUUCUAUAUGAGAAAUGCGGAGCCGGUGUUAGCUCAAUAUUCGGAUAAAAUAAUGCAAAUUGAUGCGGAACACAAUUCCAGCGACAUUUUCAAUGAUGUAGUGCCCAAUAUAGACGCAAUUGCCAAGAAUUAUGGCAAUCCUAUUGCAAUUUCACGUUCCUCACAUUAACAUGGCGCAAUUAAUCAAAAUUAAAGUUGGAAACACAAAAAAUCUUAAAAUUGUAUUGCACAGAUUUGUUUUCGUUUUCGAUUUUCGUACGCACGCAACCAAAAAAAAGCUCACACAAAGCUGCAUGGCAUAAGCUUUCCGAAACCGUUAGCCUCUUGUCGAAAGCUUGGCGUUCAGUCGCUCUCGACACACGCUGCAUUAAGGGAGGAAAAUCGUCUCGGCCGCAUAAAAAAAUCUUUAAAUCCAACAACAACAGCAACAAGAAAGUGUGCGAAAAUUAACAAGUAGCUCAAGUAGCGAUACUUAAACGACAAGCCGUUCGCGAUUUGUUCAACGAAAGGUCCGCAGCAGCAGCGUAUAUACCUCAUAUACAUCAUCAUGUUAUUUAUGUGUCACCAAAUGGCCGUGAAGAAGGAGGCCCAAGAGAAACUCAAAGCGGAGCAGCUGCGUAAGGCACGAGCCGCUGUUGACGUUCCAAUCAUCUGGAUUCUGGGUGGUCCCGGCUGUGGCAAGGGCACUCAAUGCGCCAAGAUUGUGGAGAAAUAUGGUUUCACGCAUUUGAGCAGCGGCGAUUUGCUGCGCGAAGAAGUUGCCUCUGGCUCGGACAAGGGACGCGAAUUGCAGGCAGUGAUGUCCAGCGGUGGCUUGGUGUCCAACCAGGAAGUGUUGUCCCUGCUGAAUGGAGCUGUGUCGCGUGCCAAGGGCAACUCAAAGGGUUUCCUCAUCGAUGGCUAUCCACGCGAGAAGAACCAGGGCAUUGCCUUUGAGGAGCAAAUCGCUCCCGCUGAUCUGGCCCUGUACUUUGAGUGCUCCGAGGACACGAUGGUCCAGCGUAUUCUGGCACGUGCUGCUGCCGCUGCGGUGAAGCGUGCCGAUGACAAUGAGGCCACAAUUCGUUCCCGCUUGCAGACCUUUAAGCAAAACACCAGCGCUAUUCUUGAGCAAUAUGUCGACAAGACUCUGACGAUCAAUGCGGAACGUGACGUUGACGUCAUCUUCACUGAAGUUGUCGAUGCCAUCGAAUGCGUUCUUAAGAAGCGUCAAAAGGCAGUCGCCUCUUGUUAGUGAAUUGCCAAAGUGCCAAUAGAACAAAUAACCAAAUAAUGUCCUCGUCCCCAAUAUUAAUGCAAUCCAAUCCAAAUCAAACACCAAACACCAAACAAAUUCAAAAAUGUCAUUUUGAGCGCACUUUUUGGUAUCUCAAAACGCACAAAACUCUCACAGAUGAAAGCUUAACACCAAAUAAAUAAGCAUAUUAAUUAAUAUUAUUAAAUACUUAUUCGAAUGUUAUCUAAAUGAAUACAAAAAGGCAUGAUUAUACAAUGUCUAGAGCUUUAGCUUUACACCUGCAUGUGCUUUAACUUAUUAUAUAUAGUAUGAAACAAUCUCUCAAAUUCUAAGUUAUUUACAUAUGCGACAAUAAAACUAAUAUGAAAAAAAAACAA